AUGGAACAGCGUGGUGGUGGGUAUGGACAGCGGGGACCUCGCCGGCCCCGGCGGGGGUCCUGGUUCGAGGGGCAGGACGACGACGAGUCCAGGUGGGCGGGCAAGAGGAGAAACAGCCGCGACGAUCACGACGAACAAGAGCCCGCUGUGGGCAGCCCACCGGUCCACGGCACCGGCGGCGCCCCCGCCAAGAAGGACAAGAAGCAGCACCAGCAGCGUGGCGGCUUCAAGAGGCGCGGGCGGCAGGUCAGCCCCAGCCCCUCUCCGGGUCCAUCUGACCACCACCAGCAGCCGCCGCCGCAGCAGCCAAAUGGCCGACCACGGGCGGCUCGUGGCCAGCUGUGGAGCGGCGGCGGACCCUCCUUCGCCCACCUGGAGGACUACGGCGCCGCCUCCGACGACGACGGCCAAGACUACGACUACGACGACGACGACGAUGAUGAUGACGAAGAGGUCGAGGCCGAUGCAGGCGGCGGUCAGGCAGGUGGUCGGAGCCGCCCGUGGUCGCCCAGCGGCGUGGGCAAGCCGGAGGCGGGCUGCCGGGUGGCCACGUUGGCCGAUGGCCAGCGCGUGGUCGUGGUCGAUGAGGACGAGGGCGCCUCGCCCGACGCCCCGGAGCAGCAGCAGCAGCCCGCUGCAGGUCCUCCCCGGCCCGAGUUCGACUACGGCCAGCAGUGCUCCCUCGAAGAAGAUGGAGAGCACGAGUUCAAGGCGGUGCAGAACUCCCAGCACCCGCUCGAGCGGAUCGCUCUCUAUUGCGAGCACUACGUGAACGCGUUCCUGAACAGCGACGGGGGCACCCUAUACUUUGGCAUCGACGAUGACGGCCGGGUGCUGGGCGUACCGCUCAACCGCAAGCAGCGCGACCACCUGCGCCUCCGCAUCGACACCAUCGUCAGCGCGUUCAAGCCGCAGGUGGAUCCCUACCUGCUGCGCGUCAACUUCCUGAAGGUGCGGGUGUGCGACGGACCCGCCGCCGCCGCCGCCAGCACCAGCGCGGCGGCAGCGGCGCCUGUGCGCCCGUGCGGCCUGCGCUUUGUGGUGGAGGUCGUCGUGGAGCGGGGACGUGCGCCCGUCUACUUUACUUCGCACCAGUCGGCCUACAUCCGGCGCGCCGCAGCCACCAUCGUGGGCGUGCUGCUGCUGCUUCUGCUGCUGCUGCUGCUGCUGCUGCUGGAGGGAAUUGACGCCUCCCUCUGCUGGGUGGCUGGUGGGAGUGUGUACAAGAUGGACGGGUCGAUGGUGGACGAGAGGAAGCGCAUGGGGCGACCCAUCCUACCCGCCCGCCGCUCCCAGGAGGAGCCCAAACGCGGACCACCCGUCUUCGUCUCCCGCCCACCGCCCACCGGCACUCCCGACCCCACUGCCCCCGACGCUGCCUCGACCGCCGCCGCCGCUACCACUCCUCCCGCGGCGCCAUCUGGAGACGGAGCCGGUCCCGCACCCCCGGUGGUGGCUGCUGCUGCCGCCGAGUCCGCCGGUGGUACGUAG